AUUUACUCCUAGAUCCGUAAAAAAUGUCUCAUCAUGGUAACCUUCUUAGAUAUGCCAGCAAAUAUACCCUUUAGCUCAUUUACACCUCAACACUACUAGAUGAAUGUUUCUAUGACUGUAUCACUAGGACUUACUUAGAACUCCAAACCUCAACAUUUAGAACACUUCUGUGCCAGUUUUGGCUUGAGUAUACCAACUACUCAACAAAGCAAUUCCCACUAUCAAAUUCAGUCUCUGUGUUUGGUAAAAGAGGAAGCUUUGGGUUCAGAAGGUUCAGGAUGGAGGUGCCUGGAGAAAGUAAGCAGGUGAGGAAGCAUCUGGGAAGGAAAUAAGGCAAGAGAACUUGGAAUCUCUGAGAUGGUUCGCAAGGAGAAGGAGGCUGGCCACCAUCCCUGGUCUUCUCCAGCUGUGAACAGCUCAGCAGGGCAGGAGCCACAGAAGCAACUCCCAGAGGUGCUUGGUGGGGCCUGGGGACCACCUCUAGGGGACGGGCUGCCCCUGCUCACCAUCAUUGUUGCUGCCUUUGUCCUGCUGGCAGUCUGUAUUGUGGUGGCUGUCCACUUUGGGCCAAGACUACAUCAGGGCCAUGCCACUCUCCCUACAGAGCCACAAGCCCUAAAGCCGGAGGACGGCAUCUACCUCAUCCACUGGCGAAUACUGGGUCCCCAAGACAAUCAUGAAGAUGCCCAGCAGGAACCUCCUGCCUCUGGCUCCUGCCUUGUGCCAGAUGGACCUAGGCUCAGCGUGGAUGAAGUCACUUAUCUGUAGGAGGGAGACUUUGAAAAGUUGGACUGACCUGUCUCAGAACAAGAAAACAGACAGAGAAUUAGGGCAAAAGCAAAUUAGGAUCUGGACAUCAGAGCUUUGGAAGCUCACACAUGGACUCAGCUGGAGCUGCUCUCUCUGCAGAGUAUUUAUAGAGAAAGCCCUGAUGUGGACAGGAGAAAUAAAAGAAGUGUGAAGGCUUUGCCUGGAAACAUGCUACUGUGAGCAUUCCCAGUGCCCAAAGCUGCCCUAACAAAGCUACUCCCUCCUUUUUAGGGACCAUCAGA